GAUGUAACUGAAGGAGAAAACUCCAAACAAAGAGUGAAAGCACACUUGCUCUGUUUCUAUUCCAAAAUCCAAAACAGAGAAAAGACAGAGACUAUAAAGCACAAGAGAGAAAGAGAAAGUAAAGUAACAGAAGAGAACCGUUAUUCAUUUUCUGCUCAAAGCUUCCACAGAUUUGCAUCAUCAGGUACGUCUUUCAAUUUGGGAGAGCUUGUGAGAAGCUGCGUCAUGGCGUCCUCGGUACAUGAUCAUUCAGAUAAUAGCGAGAAUGAACAGCCACGAGAGCAGUCAGAGGUGCAAAGCCAGUCUUCAUCCCCUGCAGCUGAAUUGUCCAUUCCUGGGACUGUGCCACCAGACAUGCACUACUUGAUGCCUGCUCGAAAUGCAAAUGCUAUGGCGCAAACAGCUUAUCCUUACCCAGAUCCUUACUGCAGGAGCAUCUUUGUACCCUAUGACGUGCAGCCUUACCCUGCACAACCGUAUCCAGCACAGUCAAUGGUUCAACUUCAGUUGAUGGGAAUUCAACAAGCUGGUGUUCCUCUGCCAUCAGAUGCUGCAGAAGAACCUGUUUUCGUUAAUGCAAAACAGUAUCAUGGCAUCUUGAGGCGUCGACAAUCUCGUGCAAAAGCUGAAUCAGAAAAUAAACUUCUGAAAGCUAGGAAGCCCUACUUGCAUGAAUCUCGGCAUUUGCACGCACUAAGAAGAGCUAGAGGAUGUGGGGGUCGAUUUAUGACUGCAAAGAAGAACGACGAAUCUGGUGAUAAGUCGAAGGCAAACAUCAAUACUGACUCCAACAAGAUUGAGGUUACUUCUUCAGAAAAUGCUUCUUGAAUCAUGGCGGGCAGUUCUGCUUUGAGGACUUCAUGGGACCAGACACUGGAAGAACUGUGUACAUUCAUUGACAGUUAAAAGCUAUGGUAGUUGGGCAAGUUCAGGCACGUUAUGAUCCGUAACAUUAUCUCAGUAUGAAAAUAUCAGGAGUGGAUCUUAUGGAGUUGCAAGGCUAGCAGCUGGACAUGUAUUUUCAAGAUGCUGUUCAAAGUCUUCUUUCUGAGCUCGAUUUUAGAUUUUCCUUUUUUCUUUUGUAAUUACUUUUAGCCGUUCUUUGCGCUAGAAUUUUGAUAGCUUUUGGAGCACAUCGUGUCAGAAGAUAAUGGUCAUUAGCUGUAACAUGUAAGUGGACGUUUUUCUUUUAAGUUAGGAAGAUAAGCUAGCAGCAGUGCAGGUCCUUUCAUUCUCAUUGUCUAGGGUCAAUGCAUUCUCUUUGUCAA